AUGGCAGCAACCCCACCUCUAAGUGGCUCAUCCAACGUUAUGGCCAACACGGCAAACUCUACGAUUACUACGUCCAAUAUCACCACUACCAACACUGCCACAAUAGGUACAACUAAUCAUAUUAAUCCAGGUGUAGUGAACAACAGCAACGCCAACGUUAAUGGUGUUGCUUCUACUACAAAUACAUUUUCUUGGUCUUCGGUGGCCGCGGCAAACAGUAAUAACAUAGUUUCUAGUCGUGCCCUUCAUAACGAACCGUCUGAAAAAACGGAUGUGCCUGGUGGAGCCGAGUCAGCUCUAAGUCCUUUUAAAUAUUCAAAAGAGUUUAUGCUGAAAUUUUAUAAGCCAGUAGGAUUACCUCUGGAAUUUGAACGUCAUGAAUAUGUUACAAGUGACGAACCAUUACCACCGAUGGCAUUGUUAUCAUAUACAGAACAAGAACAGAAGCUGCUUUCAGGGCAAUCAGUCAAUAGCGAUCUUACUCGUCGUAUUGCAUCGAAUGUCAAUGUUGCCACCGCAACUACAGCAAGCGAGCGUACAAUAGACAGGGGACCAUUUUCUCCAAGGGGAGAUAAACCCUCUAGUACAGGAUUAACAUCCCCGAGGACCGAGCGUUUUGAGAGAGUAGGAAGUGUCUCAUCAGUAUUACGACGAGAUGGGGAAAAAGACGAGGAUAAUAAAGAGGCUCAAACGUCUCGUCCGAAUCGCAUACUUCGGACAGCAAGUCUCUCGAUUCAUCCUCCUACUUCGACGGAUGAUCUUAUGUGGAACGGCGUGAAUCGUCACGCUGUUGGCACAUUUGAUAGUCACGGGGUAUUUAGGAUCCCAGGUAGCAGCAAUCACAGUAACACUGCUAAUAGCGAGGCUUUACCUAACGAUGAAAAGUCUGAUAUAGACAAGGAUGCGUUGCUGCAGGAAGAACCGGCCCCAUUAUAUAACGGAAAAUCCACUGAACAUGGAAACGAUUCUGAAAUAUCACCAUCAGAACAUUCUCAAUCAUCAGAAACAAUCCAACCGGAGCCACCGGAACAAGAACAUAAAAAAAAAGAGCAAGUGAUAAAUCAGCAGACUGAAAAUGAACAUUCCUCUUUGCUGAACAAUCAACUUGAAAACGCUCAAGCUGCAUUUGCAUAUUCUGGUCUUGAAGGCACAACGCCACCACUGACUCCAAGUGUCUUGCCAUCAAAAUAUUCUGCUAUAAAUAGUGCUUUCGCAGACACAUCCACCGGAAGCAAUAGCUUGUUUAGUAAUAUUGAUUCGAGAAAAUCAUCAUCCGAAUCUGAGUGGCUUUAUCGAGAUCCCGCGGGUAAAAUACAAGGUCCAUUCAGUAGUCAAGAAAUGAAUGAUUGGUUUAAAGGAGGAUUUUUUACAGGCUCUCUUAUGGUGAAGAGAGUAGAUGAUCCUUCUUUUGAACCGUUGGCAAAUUUAAUUCGAAAAACUGGUGAUGAAGAUAAACCAUUUUCAGCGCCUUUAUUAAGUGGAAGGCCGCCACUGACAAUUGCAAUGCCACCUAAUACUUCGGGACGCUUAGUUAAUGAUCCAUUCCAAAGAAGUGGUUGGGGUGCACCAAGUUCACCAAGUACUGCACAAUUAUUCUUAGAUCAACAACGAUUCAAUCCGUUUGGAGGCACAACAUCAGUUCCUACUACUCCAUUUGAUCGAUAUCAAUUUGGAAGUGUAUUUGGUAAUAGAACUGGUGAGAUUAGCAAUGGAUGGAAUGAUUUAAAUACCACCACCACUAACAAUAGUAAUAGUACAUGGGCUGCGUCAGAAACUUUUACCUCAAGUGCGGGCAAUUUAUCUCCUCGGCAAAAUCCCAGUUCACCUUUAUUUAAUAGUAAUAGCGCUUUUGGGCUCCCACAGACUCAUAAUUACAUGGAACAUCAACGUGCACUUAAUUCACAAAUCGAACGAUUCGGUACCAUUUCUGGUCCAAUUUCAGCCCCGAUAUCUAAUGCUCCGACCGCUCUUAUUGACGUUAUAUCACGUGCUGCUGCGCCAUGGACUGCCACGAAUGAACAGCAAACACCUUCUUCUCCAUGGAAUCCGAUUGUUACUCCAAACGUAGCCCCUACUUCUUCACGAGUGACAACAACACAACAUGAAGAAGUAGGUUACUUCGGGUUGAGAAAGGAUCACAAUUUUGGACUUAAUACUCAACCAAUUCAAUUUGAAACAUCGACACUUCUUCAAUCUAAUGAAGCACAACAGUUUGGGAUCAGUGGCGCACAAACACAUGAUUCUGAGUUGGAGAUCAAGGUAAAUAAGACUGCUGAAGAAAUUGCGAAAGUUGUUCUUUCUGACGAGGAGCCUAGCACAAAUAAACAUACUAAAGAGCCAAUGGUGGAAGAAAAGAAACAAACAACUGCUGAUGAGCCAAUUAAUACGAAUAAGACCGAUAUUGUACAAGGAGCUCCGACUCCAUCUCUUCGAGAAAUUCAAGAAAUGGAAGCUCGUAAAGCUGCAGAGCGAAAGGCUGUUGAACGAACUAACACUGCUAAUUUUGCUCAAAAUGCUGCUGUCUCUCAUACUACAAAAGAAGACAUUGCGACAAUUAAUACCUCGUGGGGUAUGAUGCUACCCAAUUCAUCGACGACUACUAAUACCACAACCGCAGCAUCCAAUUCUUCUUCACUUUCAUCUUCACCAAUUGUUACUGCUGCUCCGGCUUGGCAUUCAAAUAACAUUGGACCGAAGAAAACAUUGAGGGAAAUUCAGAAAGAGGAGGAAGAAGCAAUGAAAAAACGUCAUAGGAUGAGAGAAAUGCAACAACAGGCAUCGUUGAAUGCUGCCGCUGCGGGAAGUUCCACUGCUUCGAGUGGUUUGGGAAAACGUUACGCCGACACCGUAGUCGCGGGUGGUGUCACCGUUGCUGGAGUGAAGAAGCCUGCAUCACAACCAGCAGUUGGUUCAGCUUGGACUAUUGUCGCCGCUGGUAAACCGGGUGCUGCCUCGCGUGUUGGUGCUGGUACAAAUCCACCACUUAAUGUCAAUUCGAAUACAAAUAUUGCAACUUCUAAUGUAUCAAAAUUAGGUAAUCCAUCUAAAGAAUCAUCUUUUGCUUGGGAUGUAGAUUCCAUUAAAAAUAUUAACAGUUUACAAAAUGCCCAAAGAACACAAAUCCAAACUGGUAAAACGAAUGAAUUAUCUAAAAAUUCGACUCGAAACACGGAUCAAAAUGCUCCUCGCCCUCCUUCCGAAGAAUUCCUGAAAUGGUGCCGUAAUAUCUUGCGCCCUUUGAAUAGUAACAUAAAUGUUGACGAUUUUAUCCAAAUGCUCCUCACGUUUCCAUUGGAGCCGCCACCGAUCACCAUCGAGAUCAUCCAAGAAUCUAUCUAUGAAUAUUCGACCAGUUUGGAUGGACGUCGUUUCGCCGACGAGUUUGUAAAGAGACGAAAGGCUGACGCUGCCGGUGUUUCAAUGAGUAACUUUUCAAGUUAUCAUGGAGAAGGAAAACCAGGAAAAGAAGUGGGAACAAAUAAUUCUGUUGUUGGUGGAAAAGAGGAUACGAGCAGUAGCACAAACGCAUUUAAGGUUGUGACCGCAAAAAAGGGCAAAAAGAAACAUUAA